AUGGAAGACGCUAUCCAUUUGGAUCAUCAGGGCCAAAUGCAUAUGUUGAAGAGCUUACAGGAAAUUGCCGUCAAUAAGAAGGAAGUGAAGGAUGUUGCCAUCAAGUGGCUAGACCAGCUAGAUGCUGAAAGGAAAAAUGACCCUUCGCAGAAAGAUAUAGUGCUUCCUUUCCCCGACCCUGCUUCCCCAGAGAUGUCGUUGAGAUAUAGGGAAGCUUUCAGCAGAUCUCUUGAUGAAUUCAUCAAGCAAGGUCAGAUGUUCCAUCGAAUUUACCCCACGUUGGACAGCCCCAAGCCCCGCAUCCACAGCUUCUUGAAGCUAUCGCCAGGCGUGGACCCACAGUGGAAAAAGGAAGAGUUUGAUGCUAUGAUGCUGUUCUAUUUCAGGCUUAUCAAUAGAAGAGUUUUUAUGGAAGAGUUGACGUUCACAGAUGAAAAAGUGGGCAAGUUGUACGAGCAUUUCCUCAAAGUUGAUCUUAAUGAUGAUGCAGAAACCGCAGCUGCUCUAGAGGCUAUUGUCAAGGAGUUGGAUAUUCAUCCUGACGCUGCACUUAAUUGGAUUCAGGUAUUUUCCACGUGGAACGAUAUCCCUUGCGUUGAGAACGCCAUGUUCUUCCCCGUCGUGGGCGACCUUGAGAAGUACGACGUCUUGAAGGAGUUCUCAGUUACGUCGCACGCAACGGGAUGGACAAAUGAGUCCACGAGACCCCCGAAGGAAGAUUCCGCAAACAAGAAAAGUGGCAACCAAAACGAAAAGUCCUCUGGUCCUGGUAUCUGGCAGCCUACUCCACAGAAUUACAUGAAAUUCUCGAUUGCUGUGAUGCUUUCCGGCUUUUUGGCCAUGUACAUGAUUUUCUCUGAAGCGUCUUCUGAGCAUGAAAUUUCAUUCCAGGAAUUCUGCGCAGACUACUUGAGGAAAAACCUUGUUUCAAAAAUUCAUGUCAUCAACAAGAAAACUGCCGUCAUCGAACUCAAUGAAAAUGGUAGACAACUCCUUUCAAACCGUGGUGCGACUAUGCCAAACUCAAACUACUACUUCAAUAUUGGCCUGGUGGAGUCAUUUGAGCGUCAGUUAAAGGCAGUUCAGGAUGAAUACAAGAUUCCAGAGUCUUUGAGAGUUCCAGUGGUUUAUACGACCGAAGGAAGCUUGGCCAAAGUCUUGAUUAACUUCCUCCCCACUCUUUUGUUCCUUGGUGCUAUCUACUACAUGACGAAGAAGGCAAGCCUUGGUGCUGGUGGACCUUUGAGCUUUGGUAAAUCGCAGGCAAAGAAGUUCAACCAGGAGAAAGACAUCAAGAUCAGAUUCAAAGACGUUGCUGGUAUGGCUGAAGCCAAACAAGAAGUGAUGGAGUUCGUUAAGUUUUUGCAAAACCCCGCGAAGUACGAGAAAUUAGGUGCCAAAAUCCCCAGAGGUGCUAUUCUCUCUGGUCCACCAGGUACUGGUAAGACAUUGAUUGCACGUGCCACUGCAGGAGAAGCCGGUGUGCCAUUCUACUCUGUAUCAGGAUCUGAGUUUGUCGAAAUGUUUGUUGGUGUGGGUGCCUCCCGUGUGCGUGAUUUGUUUAAGACCGCUCGUGAAAAUGCUCCAUCGAUUGUGUUUGUCGAUGAAAUUGAUGCAAUUGGUAAGAAUCGUGCAAAGGGCAAUGCCAGUGGUGCUAAUGAUGAGCGUGAAAGCACACUCAAUCAGUUGUUAGUCGAAAUGGAUGGGUUUGAUAGUUCAAGCCAUGUUGUCGUUUUGGCUGGUACGAAUAGACCAGACAUUUUGGAUAAAGCUUUGAUGAGACCUGGUAGAUUCGAUAGACAUAUCUCGAUUGACAACCCUGAGUUGCAAGGAAGAAUCGAAAUCUUCAAUGUUCAUUUGAAGAAGAUCAAAGUUGUCGAAAAUAUCGAUAAAGAUCUCGCAGGUCGUCUUGCAGCCUUGACUCCCGGGUUCUCGGGUGCUGAUAUCGCCAACGUGUGUAAUGAGGCGGCUCUAAUUGCAGCAAGAUACAAUGCCAAAGCGGUUACUUUGAGACAUUUCGAGUUGGCCAUCGAGAGAGUUAUCGGAGGAGUGGAGAAGAAGAGUAAGCUCUUGGACCCACAGGAGAAACGAAUUGUGGCAUACCAUGAGGCAGGACAUGCUGUAUGUGGAUGGUUCUUGAAAUACGCACAUCCAUUACUCAAAGUAUCGAUCAUUCCAAGAGGACAAGGCGCAUUGGGCUACGCUCAGUACUUGCCUCCUGACCAAUAUCUUAUGUCAACACUCCAAUUGUAUGACAGAAUGAUAAUGACAUUGGGAGGACGUGUUUCCGAAGAGCUCAAUUUUGCCUCUGUCACUAGUGGCGCUCACGACGAUUUUAAGAAGGUCACUCAAAUCGCGCAAUCUAUGGUGAUGAGAUUCGGUAUGUCUGAUAAGGUGGGAAUGGUGAAUUACGCAGAUACUCAAAGCCAGGAUAAUUUGACUAAACCAUUUAGUGAUGAGACUAAUGAUGUUAUUGAUCAGGAGAUCAGAAGAAUCGUGCAAGAGUGUUACGACAGGUGCAAGCAGUUGUUGACUGAAAAGAAGGAGGCCGUCGAGCUUGUUGCCCAAGAGCUUCUUAAAAAGGAAUUCAUUACAAGAGAGGACAUGAUAAGGCUUUUAGGCAAGAGGCCCUUCCCGGAAACUAACGAUGCCUUCGACAAAUACCUCGACGGCAAACCAGCUUAUCAAAACGAAAAGCCCGCGGACGAGAAGAAAGAUGAUGAGCAAUGA